AUGUUGCUGACUAUAUUUCUCCAAAAACCUGAACAUUUUCAGCCGAAACUCGAAAAAUCCGGAUGCAUUUUUAUUGAUCGUUCCCCGAAACACUUCGAGUUAAUUCUGAACUUAAUGAGAGAUGGGAAUCUGUGGUUGCCCGAAACUGAGAAGGAAUUGAGAGAGUUGUGUGCGGAAGCAAAUUACUAUCAGAUGUUUGGACUGUACAAUAAGUGCGGUGUGAAACUUAGCACUAUAAUAAACUUCCGAAUGAUUCAAAAUCAAAAACCAAUAACUAAAAAUAAUAGUUAUACUCGUUUUUUUGUUUUUUCAUUAAUUUUUUUGGUAUUUGUGUAUUACAUCCCUGCACUAAAAAGCUAUUUUAUUGUUGAAAAAUCUAGUAAAUGCUACCUAUUUUAG